AUGCCUUGGGGCUAUGGUCCACCGACUGAUGGACAGACCUGGCUCAGCGACCUCUCAACGACUGCUGGACGCACGGAAAUGAUCCAGUUGACGUCUGGAUAUAUUUCCUCUCCAUUGGCUGUCUCUGCUGCCCCCAUGUCAGACUGGACGUACCGUAGUCCUGUAUCAGCCGUGCAUUCGCGUGAUCAGUCAUGCAUGACUGAAUACUGGCCAGGCAACUCAUUGGCCGACUCAGCCGACCUCGGCACCGUUGUCUCCAUGACGACCAUGGGCCCCGGAGGCCAGUUCCAGGGUCAAGGAUAUGCCGGCACAAUUUUCAACACCCUUGACUCCGGCUUCCAGACGGAACCUGACCUGCUCACUUCAACGACUUCGGCUAUCAUGCUGCAAGGCAUGGGGCAGGACGCUGCAAGCAUAGACCCGAUGCUCCCGGUAGGUGUCUGUAUGUAUGCCCAAUCUAGGCUCAUGCAUUGGAAUAGUUGGUAG